CUUGCUCUCUCUCUCUCAUGCCAUGCUGGGCCAGAAGGGCUCCGGGAGACAAGCAUUUACCCAUAUCCGGGUUGGAGGAAAGGAAAAAAGUUUCAUUUAAACCCGGACGACAAACUUCGGCAUGAAGCCUCACUGACGGCGCCAAAGCCGCGGCUGUCAGCAACGCAUUUCACCGCCGAUUUUUACAAGCAUUACAGCGCUAUAACAUAGCUUCGUUUUUCCAUUGAAUAUUUUUUUCCUGCUUGUGUUUUUCCUCUGUCUGUAUUUUUUUGUGUGUGAUAGUGUUCUGUGCGUCGGUCAGUGUCCCUGUCUAAUAUGUUCAAGUGACAAUGGCUGCGCAAGUGGCAUCAGCACCGACAUUAACUAAUAAUAAGAAUAACACAUUGUCUGGCAAUUUGGGUCAAGAGAUACAUUCGGGGAAAUCAGGAGGAGGAAAUAUAUCGAGAUCUGGAGAAAUGCUUGGAGCUGUUGAUGGGACUAACACAAUGAAUAAUGUUGAUCACCACCACCGAAAUGAGCUCAACAUGGUCAAUUCAACUUAUUCUCUGAAUAACAAUUCUGACACACCGGAGAAGGAUAGUGGAAAUAACGUCACUUCGUCAGAUUCGACGACCUCUCCGGGGGGGAUGGAAACCGGGUUGAUAGAGAACCAUAAAAUGAAAAAUGUUGGGAGCGGAGAUCCCCCUCAGCACCUCACACCGCCGCAACAGCAGUCACAAUUUAACCCGUUUCCUCAGCAUCAGCAGCGCCAGAUACAAAGUAACAACAACAACAACAGCCAAGCCACAAGGGGAGAGAGAGAGAAUCACCAUCACGGAGAGAAGGAGGGUGUUUUGGGGAGCCAGUCAGAGCAGCAGAUGCUAAAUAAAGGUGAUGGGGAUCAUACCUGUAAACCAGGGGAGCGGAUGGGUGCUAGGUAUGAACAUUCCAACUUGGGACCAACGACCAACAACAUCAUCAGCCAGCCCCAGAGCGCGGGAGGAAACAGCGAGUUGAAUAACUACUAUGGCACUUCCAGAGUAGGGCCCUGCUAUGAUCAACAUGGCGGACAACAAAGCACAGGGAUGGGGAUGAUGCACUCUUCGGGACCCAACAACAUGGAUCCAGUGCACAACUCCCAAGAAGGGUACCACAACAGCCACUACAACCACUAUCCUGGCUACCGGCAGGGCUACUGUGGCGCGGGCUAUGGCAUGAUGGCCCCGUCCAGACAGGGCAGUAACAUGCUGAUUGGCCCUGGCAGCAACACUCCAGCUGGCCAUGUCAAGGCUGCUAUGGGAGCUGCUGCCUGCGGUUCUGGUGGAAGUGUUGGGGGCUUUCAGAGAUUCCCAGGACAGAGUCAGCAUCCUACCGGGGCCACCCCGACACUAAACCAAUUACUGACAUCUCCAAGUCCAAUGAUGCGAGGUUAUGGAAGUGGCUAUCAAGACUAUAACAGUCCCUCUGCACAACAACAAGAUGGCAUCGGCCUGGGCAAAGACAUGACUUCUCAGUAUGGCUCCACAACCCAUGGCUGGCCAGGGCAACAGAGAAAUCACCCGUCCAUGAGUCCUGGAAACGGAGGGCCAGGUAUCAGCAGACCACAGGUGGCCUCUAAGGACUUCAUGGCUAUGAAGCGCUCCCAGCUCUAUGGGAUGGGCAACAACCCCUACUCUCAGCAGCAGCAGGGUGGGCCCUAUCCCAACCAGCCAUACGGAUCGCCCACUCCACACCGAUACCCAAUGGGGAUGCAGGGGAGGGGCCAGGUGGGCAUUGGCGGGAUGCAGUACCCUCAACAGCAGCAGGGUCCCCCCCAGUAUGGCCAGCAGGGUAUAGGAGGAUACAGCCAGCAGCAGCAGCAAGCAGGGAACGACCCGGGACCCUACUUCAGUCCCCCCCAGCAGAACCCUACCCCCCCUUCACCCCCCUACCUGCCACCCCACGCCCCACCUCAGCAGGAGGCUCCUCGGGAGAGUUACGGAGGAAGGAGUCAGCAGCAAGCCCCAGGGAAUUCUGGGAAGGCCAACCAAGAGGACAUGGGUCUAAUCUCGCAGGACCGCCCCUCCAGUCUCCCAGACCUGUCUGGCUCCAUAGAUGACCUCCCUACAGGUACAGAAGCUGGUCACAGUUCAGCCAUCAGUGCUACAGGCUCCACCAGUAGCCAGGGGGAGCAGAGUAACCCAGCCCAGUCACCCUUCUCACCCCACGCGUCACCCCACCUGUCUAGUCAAGGCAGCGGCCCAUCGUCCUCUCCUGUUGGGUCCCCUGUGGGCUCCAACCAAUCACGCUCCGGCUCUGGCCCCAUCUCCCCUGUCAGCGGCCCAACCACAGCACCAGGUUCCCAGAUGGCCCCCCAGACUCCUGGCAACAUGUUGGAUGUUCCCCAACCCCCCUUGACCCAGUCCCCCAUGCCUCAGGAAAGGGGCUUUAUGUCCAACAUGCAGAGAAACCAGUCUGGCUCCCAGUUUGCACCACCACCUCAGUCGGGGCCCUCCAUGUCCCCUCACCCCUCUCCUGGUCCUGGGGGACAGAUGUACCCAGGGAUGGGGCCCUACCCCCAUGGUGGCUCCAGUGGCCCCUAUGGACCCCAGGGAUCCCAGGCAAACCAGUAUGGACCCCAAGGAAACUACCCACGUCCACCCAACUACGGCGGGACCCCCAGUGCCAACUACAGCAGCCCCGGGCCAGGCUCUGGCAUGACCAACAGCCAGGGUAUGAAUGCCAGCAGCCCCAUGCACGGCCAGGGUCCCGGGCAGCCUAUGGGCCGCAGUCCUGGUGUGGGCAGCCGCCCCUACCCCAACAUGGCCCCCAGCUCCCCCAGUAUGCCCCAGCCAGCCGGCCCUGGGAUGGGCCCUCCUUCACUGGGCAAUGUCAACCGCAAGGCCCAGGAGGCAGCCGCGGCUGUCAUGCAGGCCGCAGCUAACUCUGUACAGGGCAGACAGGGCAGCUACCCAGGCCCUGGCAUGAACCUGAUGGGAACAGCAGGAUCUGGAGCCCCCUACAACCAGUCACCAGGCAACAACUCAGGCAUGGGCACACCACAGGGUCCGCCCUACAACAUGCCACCCUCAGGGGCCGUGGGGAUGGCUGUGAGUGGGAUGAUGAAUCCUGAUGGGAAGCAGAAAACAGGUGGCAAGGAGGAGAACAUGCCCACCAAUGAACCUCCAAAACUAAAGGAUGGGCACAGUGGAUCCCAGUGUGUCUCCCAGCCCACCACCCCUGGUGCCAUGCUUGUCCCCUCUCCCCUGUCCCCCAGCCCAGCCAGCCUGUCCUCCUACCAUGGGGAUGACAGUGACAGCAUCAGCAGCCCCGUCUGGCCAAAGACUCCCUCCAGCCCUAAGCUCAACUCGUCCACCAUGACUAACGAACGAAUCACGCGCCUGUAUGAUAUGGGUGGGGAGCCGGAGAGGCGUGGCUGGGUGGACCGGUACCUGUCCUUCAUGGAGGAGAGGGGUACACCUGUCCCCCACCUUCCCGCCGUGGGCAAGAAGCCCCUGGACCUCUGCAGACUCUACAUGGCUGUCAGGGAGAUAGGGGGCCUAGCCCUGGUGAACAAGAACAAGAAGUGGCGUGAGCUGUCCACCAAUCUGAGUGUUGGUACCUCCAGUAGCUCCGCCAGCUGUCUGAAGAAGCAGUACAUCCAGUACCUGUUUGCCUAUGAGUGUAAGGUGGAGCGAGGAGAGGACCAGCCGGCCGACAGCAACACUGGGACUGGCGGGGAAAACAGGAAGCAGGCCAAGGUGCAGCCGCCCUCUCCUGCUAACUCAGGGUCCGUUCAGGGCCCCCAGACCCCCCAGUCAUCAGGCAGCAGCUCCAUGGCAGAGAUGUCAGGUGACCUGAAGCCUCCCACCCCAGCCACCACCCCCCAGGGACAGGUCACCCCCAUCCCAGCCAGCAGGAGCAGUGAUGUGAGUGUGCAGGACCCGUUCUCUGAGGUGAGCGACCCGGCCUUCCAGAAACGUAACUCUCUCCCCCUGGUGGGCUCUGGGGGUGUGUACCAGCAGGGGGUCAACAUGCCCCCUAACAUGAUGAUGAGGAUGCAGUACGAGAAGGACCCCUUCGUUGGCAUGAGAAAGGUGGCAGGAGGGGAGCCCUACAUGCCAGGCCAGAUGACCAGUGGUGGCAUACAGGAUAUGUAUGGCAGGUCUACAUCAGGCAUGGGCCAGCGCUCCCCCUACCCAUAUGGACCAGGCUACGACAGGAGACCAGACCAUCUGAUGGGGAUGGAGGGGAGCAUGGGCCCCCCCGGGAACCAGAGCAACAUGGGACCUUCCAACAGUGAGGGCAGCAUUUACUCUCCCAACAGAUACCCCUCCCAGCAGAGACACGAAGGCUACGCGCAGCAGUACCCUGGCAUGUCAUAUGGAAUGCACCCCUCAGGGAUGUACCCUCAACAACAGCGCCCCAUGGAGAGCAUGUACGGGUCCCCAGGCAAGAGACAUGAGGGGGAGAUGUACGGCCCCCCAGCAAAGAGACAUGAGGGGGAGAUGUACGGCCCCCCAGCAAAGAGACAUGAGGGGGAGAUGUAUGGCCCCCCAGCAAAGAGACAUGAGGGGGAGAUGUACGGCCCUCCAACAAAGAGACAUGAGGGGGAGAUGUACGGCCCCCCAGCAAAGAGACAUGAGGGGGAGAUGUAUGCCAUGCAGUAUAGGGGCCAGCAGCCUGACAUGUACAACCACUACACCACUGGUUACUCUGGACCUGAGAGGAGGCCAAUGCAGGGCCAGUUCCCCUACCCUCCCCCCUAUAGCCGAGAGCGCAUGCAGGCCUCUGGCCAGGGGCAGCACCCCAUGGGCCCCCAGAUGAUGUCUGGGGGGCCACCCUCUAACAACGGAGUGGAAGGACCCCAGGGGCCCAACAUGUGGCCCUCCAGGACAGACAUGGGUUAUCCCUACCCCAACAGACAGGGGGCACCCUCCCAGGUACCGCCAUACGGUCCUAUGGGGAGAGGAGAUGAUUUGGAGGGCCGACCCAUCCAGGAUGGUCAGUGGCUUGGGCACGGAGGCCAUCGCCAGUCCUCCUACAUGUCAGGUGGUAUGACCCCCAUGUCCUCCCGCCAGCCCCCCUCUGCAUACCAGACCUCCCCCUCCAUGGCCAACCACCUGCCCCGAGCCCCCAGCCCCGGCUCCUUCCAGCGCUCCAUGGAGGCACGCAUGUCCCCCAACAAAGCUGUCUUUAUGGGCUCCAUGAAGAUGCCAGGCAAACCAGGGAUGCCCAUGCCAGUGCAGAGUAAUGGGCACCCAGGCCAAGUCGCACCUAACCUGCUGAGAGAUCUCAACUACCCUCUAGGAUCUGUAGAGGCCACCAUGCCCGUUUUCAAGCCACGUCGCAAAAUUACCUCAAAAGACACUGGAACCCCAGAGGCGUGGCGAGUGAUGAUGUCUCUGAAGUCAGGUCUGCUGGGUGAGAGUACGUGGGCCCUGGACACCAUCAACAUUCUGCUGUAUGAUGACAGAUCUGUGGCCUCCUUCACCCUCACACAGUUGCCUGGCUUCCUGGAGCUGAUAGUGGAGUACUUCAGACGCUGUGUGAUGGAGAUCUUUGGCAUCCUGGAGGAGUAUGAGAUAGGGACCAUCGGCCAGAAUACCCUCCUUGGGGCUGAAGCCUGUGACCAGGGGGAGGAGCUGACCUCUGAACCCGAGAUGGACUGUGAGCCCAGCCCACCAGAGCCUGAGCAGGAGCAGGAGGUGGAGAGGGGGGAGACGGAGAAGGGAGAAGUAGAAAAGGGGGAAGAGAAACCUGUUGACAUCACAGAGAAAAUGACAGAGGAAGGGAUGUCACCCCCCAGUGCAAUGGAACCAGCCCCUGAGGGAACGAAGGAGGAAUCUGAAGCCGAGAUGAAGGUAAAGAAGGAAGAGGGGGAGAAAGAAGAGGAGCGGGAGAAAGAAGAGGAGCGGGAGAAAGAAGAGGAGGGGGAGAAAGAAAAGGAUGGGGAGAAAGAAAAGGGGAAAGAGAAUGAGGAGAGUGAAAAGCCAACCGAGAGUAAAGAAGCCUCAGCUGAAAGUAAGGAAGACUCUCCUUAUCAGGCUCCUUCAGAGCACGAGCCAAGGCCACAACAGGCCAGCAAGUACGACAAAUUCCACGUCAAGAUCCUGCACAAAGAGGACCUGAUUGAGGACAUGACAGAGCAGCUGGGUCACGUGACAGAGUUCACUAGCGGACUGCUCCACUGGCAGGCAGGCGGGGGUGAUUCCACCGCCCACAUCCAGGCCUACUUUGAGCGGAGGGGAGAGCACUCUGACAGGAUGGAUGGAGAGAGAGAGGAAUGUGCCAGUCUCAAUAAAGAACAGGACACAGAGGGGGGAAAGCAGACAGAGAUGGGUAUCACUGCCACCAUCGAUGAUAUACUGUGUGCCCGGUUAGGGGCUUUGUCAGAGGGCCACCCUACCCACUCUGCCCCCACCUACCCCUUCAGGCUGCACCAGGGAGGGGGCCACCAGCACAUCACCCUGCUAGAGGACGAGCCCCGCUGUCUGGACGAGGCUCCCCUCUCCACGUCCUCCCCUUGGCAGGACUCCCUGGCCAAACGCUGCCUCUGUGUGUCCAACAUCAUCCGCAGCCUCUCCUUCAUCCCUGGGAACGACUCAGACAUGUCCCGUCACCCAGGCCUGGUGCUGAUCCUGGGCAGACUGCUGCUGCUCCACCACCAGCACCCAGAGAGGAAGAGGACGCCCCCUAGCUACCAGAGAGAGGAUGUGCAGGAGCGGGGCCUGGCCUGCAGUAAGGAUGAGUGGUGGUGGAACUGUCUCGCUACACUCAGGGAGAACACCUUGGUCACUCUGGCUAACAUCUCUGGCCAGCUGGACCUGUCCCUCUACCCAGAGACCAUCUGCCUGCCCAUCCUGAACGGCCUGCUCCACUGGAUGGUGUGUCCCUCUGCCGAGGCCCAGGACCCCUUCCCCUCAGGCACCCCCCACUCGCCCCUCACCCCCCAGAGACUGGUGCUGGAGUGCCUUUGCAAGCUGAGCAUUCAGGACAACAACGUGGACCUGCUGCUGGCCACGCCGCCCUUCAGCCGCCAGGAGAAGCUGUACGCUACUCUGGUGCGUUACGUGGGCCAGCGUAAGAACCAGGUGUACCGCGAGAUGGCCGUGGCCACCCUAUCCAACCUGGCUCAAGGAGACUCUACGGCAGCACGCGCCAUCGCCAUACAGAAGAAUAGUGUGGGUAACCUGAUGGGCUUCCUGGAGGAUGGAGUGAGCAUGGCCCAGUACCAGCAGAACCCCCACAGCAUGCUGCACAUGGCCCACCACCCCCCCAUGGAGCCCCCCAGCAUUAACAUGAUGUGUCGGGCUGCCAAAGCUCUGCUGGCUAUGGCCAAGGUGGAGGAGAACAGGCCAGAGUUUGUCCUGUAUGAGGGCAGACUCCUGGACAUCUCCAUCUCCUCUGUGCUCAACCAGGGGGUGACCAGCAUCAUAUGUGAAGUACUUUUUCAGUUUGUAAAAAAAUUAUGACAGCAGGAUAGACGGACCUGAGCCAAGAGACAGACAGAGAGACGAUGAGAGGAACACGUUAUUCUGUGGUUUUAUAUUUUUAUUUAAAUGAAAUGGAAGAACUUUUUUUUUAUAUAUAAAUAUAUAUAGCUCCUCUGCCCCCAUUAACGCUUUGGUUUUGGGAUUUGAAAGAUGAUUUUAAUACAGAUAUUUAAUACCUGCUGUUGUUUAAGUGUAUAUUGUUUGAAUACUUAUUUUUUCUUUGUUUUCUUUUGUUUAACCAAAGCUGGUGCCAGAUUUUGGAGAGGAUUCUUUCAUUUCAUUUUUCUCUUUUGAAAUGUUUUGGAAUUGUAGAAAUGUUCAUAUCUGUAUUAACCAUAUGUGGUUUGUUUUGUUUACAAAGAUCAUAUUUAUUUAAAUGGUGAAACAUAUUGUAGAUAAAACUUAACCUGCCAAACUUUCAGAAAAAGAGAACACAGAUUUUAAUUAAACAAACAUGUAAAUGUUUCAAUUGCUGGAGAAAAAUGUGCAAUAGGCCAAGUGCGAGUUGUCUGUUCAUGGCACUUGUAAUAUGUAAUUUUGACCAUGGGUAGGCAGUGUUGCAUCAGCCAAUUAGAUUUUUUUUUUUAACAGUGUCAAAUGUUUGACUUGCUUCAUUGUUGUCAAUCAUUGCUACCUACAUCCGGGAGUCAACUUUCACAAAGAACAGUAUCUUAAGCACUUGUGUUGCAUUUGUUUUAUUUCCUUUUUAUCUCAAGUUGGCACUAUGUACUGUAUGUAUAUAGACUGUUGUACAUUGGAACCACUUUCACUUUUCUUUAAGUUUUGGUUGACUCUACAUUCACUAUCAAAAAAAGUUUCAGAUUAUUACAACUACUUUUUAUUAUUGGUGAGAUUUGUUAUUGUUAUUAUACAUAUUUUGUUAUUGGGGUCAGAUAUUUGAACCUGGAGGUUGUGUAGGUCUCUGUAUGGAUAACGUUCCUCUACGCAUUGUACUAUAGCUUCAAGCUGAUCAAAACAAUAUUUGGUCAUCAAACGUGAAAGUGCCAGGGUCAGGGAUAACUCGCUGAGGUUACAGAACUUGUGAAUAUAUUUAUUUUAUUGUAUGUCCUCCAUUCAUGUAAAUGGGUAUAUUUUUGAGCCAAGACAAUGUAGUUCAAAAAUAAACCUCAGAAAAGAACCCACAA